AUGAGCUCCACAGACUUGCUUGACAGGGAAGAAUUGAGUCAGGCUACCACGUUAUCGCCACUACUCUACCAGAUACCUGCCCAGGACUUACGAAAUGCUCUAAUGGCCUCUAAGACGAGCCAGGCAGCUUUUUGGAGAUACGCUCUGUACAAGUCACCAAGCGGAGAGAAACCGCUUCUACACUAUUGCACCAAAUUCGAGCAGGCGGAACAAGUUGCGAAGCACUUUUCCCAGGAGAAAAUCAUAGGUUUUGACAUCGAAUGGGAAAUGGGCAGCAGUGUUGCAAAAGGGGGCAUUAAAGACAACGUGUCCUUGAUUCAGAUUGCUUGUGAGAAUCGAAUUGCUCUCUUCCAGAUUGCACUCUUUGCUGGGGAGACCAAGGAAGACCUCAUGCCUCCAUCACUCAAAACAAUCCUCGAAUCGCCAGACAUCCUCAAGGCCGGUGUCAACAUUGCAGGCGACUUCACUCGCCUGCGCAAGUGCUUGGGUAUCGAGGGACAGGGCAUCUUCGAGCUUAGUCAUCUCUACAAGCUCGUCAAGUUUUCGGAGAAGGAGCCAGCCAAAGUCAACAAGUCGCCGCUAAAGCUGGCUGAGCAGGUACAGGAAGUUCUGUUUCUCCCCCUUCACAAGGGCAACGUUCGAACGAGUGCCUGGUCGAGAAGACUGUCGAUGGAGCAGGUUGAGUAUGCCGCAACAGAUGCUUAUGCGGGAUUCAGGCUCUUUCGGGAGCUUGACAGGGCGAGAUCUGCCAUGGUUCCUACACCCCCGAGACCGGCUCUCUGGGAGGCGGACCAACCUAUAAUUCUCGGUAAUGGUGAGCGGGCCGGUGAGAAUCGCCUGAAGCGCAAGACUGGCAUCAAAAAGGCCACAGAGGUCGAAAGCCAGACGCCAGUUCUCAGCCCAGAAGAAGAGCAAGCGCUCGACGAUGAAGAGGAAGAAGCCCAAGCUGAAGCCGGCGCUGAUGACACUGAGUACUUCAGUGCUGAAGAAGAGCCAGAGAACCUUGAACCCGGCCAAGUCGAAAUCGUCAAAUACGAAGCUGCGGAUCAAUGGCUUGGCCAAUGGGAGAGCAAUCUAUCGCUCGAAAGGAAGGGCAAGAACACGCCGACCAACAUACGUGCGUACGCUCUAUGGCAUGUCCAGGGUCUUCCGCUUCAGCAAGUGGCCGAAGCAAUGAGGCAACCACCUCUCGCAUUGACGACUGUGUCCUCGUACGUUCUUGAGGUCGUAAAGUCGGAAAGUCUCCCUUACGAUUCCCCGAGGUUGCAAGAAGCUCUUGACGUGAUACCUCCAGUAGCGCACUGGAGAUACAAGAGUCUGAUACAAAAGACUCGGUCUGAAAUUUAG